CAGAGAGUACAAUGUUACCCAAGUUUCUUAGUUUGUUCACGUUUUAAAGGUUUUGGGAAUUUAUCGAAACGAAAAUGUUCAAAGGCUGGGGAUCAUGGCUGGGUAUAGAAACCACAGUUGAGUCAGAGACCAAAGAUGGAAAUGAAUGUGAUAAAAUACUUCAGAAUGAGAAGGAAACCGCUGAUCCACAGGAUAUUGAGGUAAACAAACAUGAAGGAAACCAAGAAGACGAAACAAAGAAUGUUGCUCAAACUGAACAGCUUCUUCACCAGGCUAAAGGACUGAGUGGAUACAUUCUUACAUUUGCAAGCAACGCAACCAAGAAAAUAACAGAAUCCGUGACAGAAACUGCUCAGACAAUCAAGAAAAGCGUAGAAGAGGGGAAGAUUGAUGGCAUUAUCGAUAAGACAAUUCUUGGUGAUUUCCAGAAAGAGCAAGAAAAAUUCGUUCAAGAAAAGAAUGCCAAGAAGACAGAUGCUGCAGUUCCACCCUGGGUGGGAUACAACGAAGAGGAAACGAUACAGCAACAGAUAUUAGCUUUAUCAGCCGACAAAAGAAAUUUCCUUCGUGACCCUCCGGCUGGAGUGCAAUUUCACUUUGAUUUCGAGCAGAUGUAUCCCAUCGCACUGGUGAUGCUUCAGGAGGAUGAGCUUCUCAACAGGAUGCGUUUUGACUUAGUCCCAAAACACGUGAAGGAGGAGGCAUUCUGGAGGAAUUACUUCUAUCGUGUGUCCCUGAUUAAACAAUCAGCCCAGCUUACAGCUCUCGCAGCUCAGCAACAGGAAGCGGAGAAGAGAGAGGAGAAGAACGGAGUUGCUCCAGAGAAGGAUCACAUGCCAGAAACCAUCAGACUGACAACGUCUCCCACCACCAUCAAUGCCAAAGCAAAGUCCAGUGAGAUGGAGGAAGAAGAGAUCUCAACCAGCCCAGGUGUGUCGGAGUUUGUGAGUGAUGCCUUUGACUCGUGUGACAUUAACCAGGAGGACCUGCGGAAGGAGAUGGACCAGCUGGUACUGGAUAAGAAAGAGGAGGCUUCUCCCCAAGAUGAGGAGACAGCCGACUGGGAGAGAGAGCUACAGCAGGAGCUACAGGAGUAUGAAGUCGUCACCGACGGAGACAACCGUGAUGACAACUGGGACCGAGAAAUCGAGGAGAUGCUGCAGGCAGAGGACUGACACGGACGCAGACGGCCCAGUAAUGCCAGUUAACGUGAAGGACCAGAUAUCAACCAAUUCCACAGGACAGUGGUGUCUCCGACCCAGUCCACAGUCUCAUGGCCUGACUAGUUUUUGUUUUCUGUUCCUUGAAGUAAUUGAUAAACUAGAAAGAGAAGUUAUAUAAGAAUGCAUAAUGUAUGCUAAUCCAUGCCUCUAUGAAAUGUAAGGAAUUCUAUCUUAAUCUGGUCAGAGUGGUGAAAGGUGAGAUUUAACAGGUAGUUGGAUCAAUGACAGAUUGAAGUCUGAUAUUACACUAAGGUCUAUUUGUCAGACAGCAAAUAUCAUUAGAAGAGACAGCUUGUCUGUGUGGUUUAUCCAUACAUACAUUGGAAGGAGCUGCCACUUGAGCUGUUCAUGUUUUUUUGUUUUAUCCAUUUCCAGAUAGAGACAUUCACGGACGUCUUUAAAGCUCAGUUGGCAUUUACGGUAGAGCUGGCUGAUUAAGAGACUGGACACUGACAGUUUGUCCAGGCGUUAUGCACAGUGCUCUGUACUCUUGUUAUUGUUCUCUGUGUGUCCCGGCUCCUUUCACAUACAUCGGUCUGUGUCGAAUUCAACACUCUUCCUGUUGCUCAGUAAGUCUGCCGCGCGCGGGUCCUUCUAUGUGUAUGUGUUACAGUGUGGAAGACAUGGACUGGACAUAAAAAAACAUUCUACAUACUCCAGAGAGUUAUGGGAACCUUGGUAACACCACAAGCCCCUCACAUACAGUUUGUCAUGUCUUUAUUUUCAUUAUCUAUCAGAUUUAACAAAAUAGAUAUUAGUCAUAACGUUGAUGUUUCAUUUUUAUGUUUACUACAUUCUUUCUUUUCGACUGGAAUUUUUAGAACUGUAUGUUGGUGAAAGUUUGAUGGGAUAUUAGUGAUGUAUCAGGUGCGGUUUCUUGACAAAGUCACACGUAGUCCUUCACAUUGUUGUGGGAUACCUUGAUUGUAUAAUCAGAAGACAUUUCCAUGUGCUAGAUAUGAGUAAAACUUUGUCCUUCCCCCGUUUUUUACCGCUUAAUUGCUUUACAGUUACACAACUAUCAGUUUAAUCCAAACAAACCUUGAUGUCUUGAAAUAUAGUUAUUAAAAUAAAU